AUGCGCCUAUCACGCGCCGUCGUUUUCGGGAUAGCGGGCUAUGCCGCAGCGCACGGCGACCACGGCGACCAUGGCAGCGGAUCCCAGAAGCCAAUGGUCGAUGAGAACGCGAGUUGGAUGGAAAAGCACAUGGCUGAGGAGCACCAUGCCGGGGGGUUCGAUGCCGCCUCCUUCUUCACGCUGCACGACUUCAACGCCGACGGCAGCUGGGAGCCCGAGGAGAUCCUGCGGACAUACGGCCUGAUGGACGAAUCUAACCAGCAUGUCACGCAAGAUCGCAAGGACGAGAUUGUGCGCGAGAUCAUGCGGCUGGUCGACACAAGUCGCGACGGCCUGAUCAGCCGCGACGAGUUUGUGCACUUUAUCGACGUGGCCGGCCAGACCCUGCCCGACAUGGGCACUGGGCCGGGCCACCAUGGCGACGACGAGUAUGAAUAUGAAAUCCAUCACUGGGAAAAGUACCACGACGAAAACACCAAGCUGGAAGACCUCACCCAUCCCGAAGACAUUGAGCACUUCAAGAAGCACGAGCAGAUGGAGGCCGAGCAGGAGCGCAUAGAGCAGCUCAACAAACAGCAAAUAGUCGAGGACAACAUCCCGGCAAAGUUCCGGCGCGACUAG